CUAGCAAUAUUGCCUUAUAUUGAUCCACAUUUGUUGGAGAUAUGUGCUGGGAAAGAGUUUGGCUAAUGCUGCAUAAGUUUUGUUUUGACCAACAAAGUCAAAUAGAUCCUUUAAAAUGCUUAACAGGUUUUAUCAAACUAAUCCGUAUUUGCAGAAACUCAAGAAACACAUUGAGGAACCUGGAUGAGAGUGCUUGAAGGAGCCUGUUGAGGAGCGGAUGUGUGGGAGGAUAGUAAAAAGCUCAGGGAUCAGGAGAGGGCUUGAUAUAAAGGCUGACUGGGACAAGCAGACUCUCAGACUGGUGGAGCUCUGCUCAUCUUAAAGCACAAUUCCUUAAGCAACUGACCAAAGCUGACAUAGCACGACAGAGCAGAAUGAGCAUGCGCAGAGCAGUGGCUGGUUGCGUGGUGCUGGCAUGCCUGGUGGCGCUGCUGGCUGAGAGGACAGAGGGACACAUCACCUUCUUCAGCCCAAAGGAGAUGAUGCUGAUGAAGGAGCGAGAGGGUAGGAAGGACAUGGAGCCUCGAUCAGAGGACGGUCAGUUCGAGGAAGUCACCGUCCAACAGCUUCCUCAGGUCGAACGUGGUGGAAAUCCUGAUAAAACAGUGGAGAUUGCCAUCCGUCUUUCACCCAAACAGCUGGAUCAUGUGGCUCCGGUGCUCGAGGAGAUCAUCCAUGAAAUAGUGGAGGAGCGUCAGAAAGCCAAAUAGCGAGGCCAAAGACACGAGUGGAUGAACGCUGUAUAAAUUCUUCAAAAAGCACUGAAUGCCCAAAUGUUUUAUUGUGUUUUAAUGAAUCAGUCAAUAAAGGGAAGUGAUUGUGUCACAUUA